AUGAAUCAGGUCACAAUUCAAUGGGACGUGGCAAUAGCUCUUUACAUAUUCUUCAAUUGGUGUCAUGGAGGAAUUACAAAUAUAAACUGCUCUGGACGCAUCUGGGUAGAACCAGCCACAAUUUUUAAGAUGGGUAUGAAUAUCUCUAUAUAUUGCCAAGCAGCAAUUAAGAACUGCCAACCAAGGAAACUUUAUUUUUAUAAAAAUGGCAUCAAAGAAAGAUUUCAAAUCACAAGAAUUAAUAAAACAACGGCUCGCCUUUGGUAUAACAACUUUCAGGAGCCACAAGCCUUUAUGUACUGUACUGCUGAAUGUCCUGGAUAUUUUCAAGAGACACUGAUAUGUGGAAAAGACAUUUCUUCUGGAUAUCCACCAGAUGUCCCUGACAAAGUAACCUGUGUCAUUUAUGAAUAUUCAGGCAACAUGACUUGCACCUGGAACCCUGGGAAGCCCACCUACAUAGACACCAAGUAUGUGGUGUACGUGCAGAGUUUAGAGACAGAAGAAGAGCAAGAGUAUCUCACUUCAAGUUAUGUUAACAUCUCCACUGAUUCAUUGCAAGGGGGCAAGAAGUAUUUGGUUUGGGUCCAAGCUUCAAAUGUACUGGGCACGGAGAAGUCAAAACAAGUGCAAAUUCACCUGGACGAUAUAGUGAUACCUUCUGCAUCCAUUAUUUCCAGGGCUGAGGAUAUAAAUACUACAGUGCCCAAAACCAUAAUCCACUGGAAUAGUCAAACAUCAAUUGAAAAGGUUUCCUGUGAAAUGAGAUACAAGGCUACAACAAACCAAACUUGGAACGUUAAAGAAUUUGACACCAAUUUUACAUACGCGCAACAGUCAGAAUUCUACUUGCAGCCAAACACUAAGUACGUAUUUCAAGUAAGAUGUCAAGAAAAAGCUAAAAGGUACUGGCAGCCCUGGAGUUCACCCUUUUUUCAUAAAACUCCUGAAAUAGUUCCCCAGGUCACAAUGAAAUCAUUUCAACAUGAUACUCAGAAUUCUGGGCUUCUAAUUGCUUCCAUCUUUGAAGGACACCUUACUUCUGACAAUAGGCAACAAGACACUGGGCUUCUAUUAGGAAUGGUCUUCUUUGCCGUUAUUUUAUCAAUUCUUUCUUUGAUUGGGAUAUUGAACAGAUCGCUCAGAACUGGAAUUAAAAGAAGAAUCUUAUUGCUAAUACCGAAGUGGCUUUAUGAAGAUAUUCCUAAUAUAGAAAAUAGCAAUGUUGUGAAAAUGCUACAGGAAAAAAGUGAAUUUAUGAAUAGUAAUUCCAGAGAACAGGUCCUAUAUGUUGAUCCAGUGAUUACAGAGAUAGAAAUCUUUCUCCCAGAAGAAAAACCCAUGGACUACAAAAGGGAAAAGAACACAGGAUCCGUGGAGACAAACGACAGCCUGCAGAAGUCACUACUCACCAACACUACAAUUGUAUAUAUUCCUGAUCUCAACACUGGGUAUAAACCCCAGAUUUCAAAUUUUCUCACUGGGGGAAACCAUCUCAGCAAUAAUGAUGAAACAGCUUCCUCAACUCUGGAGCCACCAGCUGAUUGCUUAAACCUGGGAAAGAAUGCCAGGUUUAAAAAAUAUCCUAAUUUUUCUUUCUCUGUCUCAAGUAUGAAUUCGCUAAGCAACACACUAUUUCUUGAAGAAUUAAGCCUCAUUUUAAAUCAAGGAGAAUGCAGUCCUCCAGACAUGCAAAACCCUGUAGAAGGGGAAACCACCAUGCUUUUGGAAAAUGCAUCACCAAAUGAAACUAUUCCAGAACAGACCCUGCUGCCUGAUGAAUUCGUGACCUGUUUGGGGAGCAUGAAUGAGGCGUUACCAUCUAUAAAUUCUUAUUUUCCACAAAAUAUUUUGGAAAGCCACUUCAAUAGGAUUUCACUCUUAGAAAAGUAG